AUGAUGGACGAAAUUCAAACGUGGUGGGAGAUACCGAGCAUUGCACAUUUUUGUAAUGUUUUCACCCUUAUCAUUAAAGAUAUCAGUCGAAUAGACAUAAAUGAACUUGAAAAUGCAAUUGAGGAAAAUUCAAAUUUGUUGACUGAUAUGGCUAUUCGAUUUACCAAAAUUUGUGGUUUUUAUGAUCCAAACACAAAUGAAUGGUGGAAUUUUAUGAAAAGAAAAUUUCAGUGUAAAUGCAGUAUUUACAACUUAAAAUAUUCACUAGAUGAAGCAACAUAUUUCGAUGAUUUAACACGUAAACAAAAAGUUGAAGCUCUUUACAUCUUUUGUAAUAUUAUUCUUGAUGUUAAGCAUAUUCAAAAUAAAAUCUCCAGUAAUCCUAAAAUAUGGCACAUGUUAAACGUGAAACCAUUAGGUUCUGACGAAAAUAAAUCAGUGUAUUGGUAUUUUGGUAGCAGUAAAUUAUAUAGAGAAGACUUUGAGAACUCAUUUGAUAUAUCUACCAACUUACCAGUAAAUCAUAAUUUCCACGGAAAAAUUCCUUGUGAACCUUAUCCGUCAGCAGUUUUUGGCUCAGGAAAAUGGAAUACAAUAUGUAAUAAUAUUGACAACUGGAAUUCAUUAGCUGAUACUACUGAAUACAGUAAAAAUGUAAAUGUUAGAUAUUUACAUAAAGAAAUAUCUAAUAUUAUAAUAAAUCUUCCUAAAGUAAAGAAAAAGAAAUCCCUUUAUGUAUACAUAAAGCCUAAUAGGCCUUUAAGGAGUAUUUGUUCAAGAACUCUCCGUUCUAUGGGUGUAAUGGAUGCUGAAAAAAAAUUGAUUCCCAAUUCUAGUGUUAUUCAGUACAAACAAUACCCACAAAAUGUUAUAGAAAACCAAACCAAACACAGAUAUGAUUCAACAGUUUCUCAAAGAAAUAAAAUGUCUAAUCUAGAUAUACAUGACCAAAACCAAAAUAUUUCAUACUCUAAAAAUACGUUUAACAAUGAUAUUAUUCAAGUAGGAAAAUUAAACAAUGAAACAACAUUAAAAUUGAGGUUAAGAAGUAGUAAUGAAAAAGUGCUAGGUAAAUGUAUAAAAAAAAAUACAGUGUAUGAGGAUGUAUUUCGUGUAAACACUGAACUCUAUGAUCAAGAAAAUAAUCAUUAUUUAAAUAAUUUUAAACAUAAAUUACGAUCCUCAACAAAUGGAACUGAAACACCACCAUUCAAAGAUUUAAACUAUUCCUCCCUUUAA